AUGGGUAAAGAUGAUGUGGACUGCGCUUGUUACAUGGCUGAUAGUCCAAGUACCACUGAGAUCAACUGUCAACAUGCUUGCCAAGAUUCAUGUGUACAGUCAUGUGUGGAUAUUAAUCAGCCAUUAGACCAUUGUCGGCUAGCUUGCUCAACAACAUGCUCCAAUAUAUGUUCUAAACCAGAACAGGCAAAUAUUGCCUACGAAGCUAAUAAGCAGCAAAGCCAAACGUAUUCUAAAAUUACCCAACAAAUAGUCCCGUCAAAACAGUGGCAAAGUCAAGAACAGCUGCAGCAAAUAACGAUAAAAUCAAACCAGCAGAAAGAGUCACAACAGAAAAGCUUGCAGUCCGUAUACGCCCAACAAUUAAAAUCUGAAACUCGAGUGGGAAAUAAAGUGGAUUUCCGACAACAGUUAUCUCCACCCGUCUAUCAAGAGCAAAGGCAGCAACAAACUCCAUCAGAAAACCUACAGCCUACAAGACUUGAGCACCUAACUCCAACGAUGCACUUUUCGCAGCAAACAACUAUGCAAACUAGGGUGAAUUUGCAACAAGACCCAUACAAAGAUCUGAGAACUACAGCCCAACCAUUAGGUUGGACACUGCAGACUGGAACGGCGCAAUCAUUUGCAAAGCAACUGAAUUCAGUAAAUGAAGACUCUCAGAUGCAAAACUUGGCUGCCAGCAAUGUGCGCCAUGAAGAAGUAAGAAGAAAAUUUGUUCUUGAAACCGGCAGAAGUAAAUUUAAUAGCCAGGCGUUGGACAAUGACAUUUCUGUAAACAAUGAAGAGCAAAGAAUAACGGAUAUUCAGCAACUAUACGAUGAGUUGCAAAUAGAUGAUCCUGAAGUUUUGAAGCAGCUAAAAGAAUCUAUUGCAGCUUUGCUUCCGUACACCAACAAUCCAAAAAACGACAAAAUUCAUAUCGAAGUUCAACGUUAUCCAUCGUCGGAUGACACCCAGUCAACACAACAGCAGCAAUAUAUAAAAUCUUCUAAUGACCAGUCAGUAAGUGAAUUAUUUACUGGAAAUUCACAGGCGAUUUCACCAUCAGGAGUUCACUUACAAAAUUUGUCUGAAUCACCGACAAAGAAGUGUAUGUUACUUAUUGACGAAACAAGUGUUGAAGCUAUGUCAGCGAAGCAGCAAGAGAGCAGUUCUCAAGCAGACCUGAUUAAAUGUAAUGGCCAAUUUACAAAUUCUAGUGAUAAUCCAACUGAAAAAAUACUCCAAGCACCAGAAGUGUUAAGUUCUUACUCAACUCAGCAACUGAGAAUUACCGCCGCAUCGAUGACCAGCACUGCUGUUCCCAACAGAAACACCGUUACAACAAAUUUUGGACUCAAAAAUCAUGAAAUACCUGAAAAAUACAGUUUUAAACCGAAUGAAAUCACGCAGGAACCUCAGGUCUACUUAGUACGCAUGGGUCAUCCAACAGAAAGCUCGAAUAUUUUACAACCAAAUCAAAAAAAACUACAAUUCGUUCCUUCACAGCAGUUAUCCUCAAUUAGCGACAGAAAUGUCAGCAAAGUUUCCGCAGAAGCUGCAGCACAUUACAGACAAUUAUUUCCCGUUGGCGAAUUUCCUGAAAACCAGAGCCUUACAAACAUUAUAUUACUUAAGAAUGACACCGUUACACAGCAAAUGGUACAGACGUCAAACAAUUCUAACCAAACUAGUAUUUCCUAUCCUAAUCCAGUACAUUAUGGAACAAUUUUACGUCAGAACAGCGAAAAUUCUGCUGUCCAGCAAUGUGCACUUAACUGCAUUCAGUCGUGCACUAAUAAAGAAGAAUUAAGUCAGGCCGUAUGUCAGCAGAGCUGCUCUCAGCAGUGCAUCUAUCCACCACAACGACUUUCCACAGUUGGUCAUAACGAUUCUUUGUCGCAGACAACAUUACCUUACAUCCAAAGUUUAUCAGGAAUGAAGGCACAAGUUCCACAAGAGAACCAGCGUAGCUUAGGUACGUCAAGUGCCGCUACUGAAACACAAAUCGAGAUAAAGCAAGACGCCGUUACUGCAGGACAGCAAAUUACUGCAGGAAAGGUGUUCUGUAGUGAUCGUUGUAUGCCAAGUUGUACUCAAGAUUGUCUAUGGAGAAAUGGCAUUGGCAAUCUGGCUGUAGCAAUCUCUUCGGACGCUCAGGCAGCAAACGUCGAAGUACAAGUUCCCAAACAUACCAAAGGAAAUCUUUAUUUGGAUAAUUAUAAUAACGUCGUGGACACCUCGCAACGUACUGUUACGGAAACAACUGUCGAUGGUUUCUCGCCGUUAUAUUCUGAAAGUGGAAAUGAUCAUAGUAGUAAUUUGGGUAAUGACAACCAAGUAACGGGAGGACACCGGAACACUGAUAAAAGUUACAAUAUUUUUCCUGUUUUUAGUGCUUUACCUGGUUCAAAACAGGAUCAGGUAGAGCUAGUUCAUGUUAAACAGAACUCAAAACCUCCGUUAAAGCAAGAAAUAUUUCAAGACGAAGUUUCGACGAAUCAGUCUAGCACAAAAAAUAUGUCACUCAGUAUUUGCGUUUCGCUGUGUAUGCCCGGAUGUGACGUGGGCUGUAUAAACAACGCUACAGAGUUUUCAAAACAAACUGCUACAUUAUCCAUUCCGCUAGACCACUUAGAACAAUCUUCUUCAAAAACAAAUUUAGACCAAAAGCAAUGCGUUGUUGCAUGUGCACCGGCUUGCAGUUCUGACUGUAUUAGCAGGUUUCGUUCAAAUGCAAGUAAUCGUAUAAAUGCAUUGCAAGAUGAUAUGCGUGAAAAUUCAGCGUCUGACAGCAGCUUUCUGCACACUUUUACGAUUAAUUCUUCGAUUAAUUCUCCUAAAGAAGCAUCUUUAAACCCUCUUCAGUUAGUCAACCACGAGCUGAACGGAACUGCAGAUACUAAGUGGAAUUCACGGCAAAAUAUGGUAGUAAGGAAAGGCCGCAUACAAGUGAACAUACCACAUUCAUUCCAGAAGUCGCCAAAUUGCAUACACUUGUGCAAUGAGUCAUGUAUGCAGCAAUGUUUAGAGCAAGAUCAGCCAUAUUAUACUUGUUCGUUAUCGUGCGCUAUGACCUGCAAUAAGAAAUGUAACGAUUUCGAGGACCAGUUAUCUAGCUAUUAA